AGUCGUGCUGCUAUAACCAUACAGUGCUGUUUACUUCUGUCCUUUAAAAGAAAUGAAUUUAGUAUAUUUGUUCAGUCCUUCAUAAGCUAAGAGGCUUUAGAUGCACUGAUGGGUGAAAGCACUCACUCUUUCUGUCCAGGUUCAUGGAGGAGUUUAGCCUCAUGAAUGUGUAAUAAAAUCUGUCAGCGUGUUCUUAGCCUUAGCCCACAUUAGACAUGUGCAUUAGACAUUAACAUUAGACAUGAACAUCAGUAAAGUGUAUUUUUUCCGUGGGCCAGUGAGAAAGUAGGAAUCAGGGGCAGACUUACCAUUAGGCAAAGGUCGGCAAUUGCAUUGAGCCCCGAGCCCCCAAGGCCCCCAAAACGGUGCAUAAACUUAUGGUUAAGAAAGUUUUGUUUUUACUUUUCGCUAAUUAAUUAUGUUUAGACGUAUGUGUAGACAAGGCUCUAACAUUACAGACAAAGAACAGCGAGGCUGAGACAGACAACAGGGUUAAUUCUCUUUGUCUCUCUCUCUUUGUCUCUCUCUUUCUCUCUCUCUCUGCCCAAAUGAAACUGAACUCUGAUCAUAUGUGAGUUUAAUGUCUCAUCAUGAUGGUGUGCAAUUCAGAUUCAGUGUGUGACCAGGCCACGGAACCGGCUGUGGUCCAACCCACAGAGGUUCCUCAGGACCAGGUCAUGGAUACUGUGACGAUUCUGACCCUUGUGGUGUCCAAUAUUCAGCUGCAGAACAGAGUGAAGGAGCUGGAGGAACUGCUCUGUGAGGAAUGCAGAGAUUGUGACAUGAAAAGCAAGGUCUCCCUGGCUGAAGCAGAUUUGAAAUUCAAGAAGGCUGUGGAGAACAUUGCUCAGCUGAAGGUGGUGAAGUCUGACCUGAAAAACCAGGUUCAGACACUGCAAGGAACAGCGCAUAACAUGGAGCACCUGCUAACUAAGAUUCGCUUGGUGUUUGAUGAGCUAGAGAACGAGUGUGAGAAAGUGCAGGAGGAGAACAAACAGAUGAAGGAGAAGUUAAAACUCUGUGAAGACUUACUGAUGGGGUAUGAGAAAGUGGUGGAGGAGAACAAAGAGAUGAAGGAGAAGUUAAAACUCUGUGAAGACAUUCUGAUGGAGUGUGAGCAAGAGCACGAGGCAGAGAAAAAUGAGAGGAAGGAGACUCUGAUUCACAAGGAGGAGUUACUGAAGGUCUCACUGGCUGAAGCUGAGGAGAAACACCAGAAGGCCGUGGAGACCAUUGCUCAGCUAGAGGUGGAGAAGUCUGACCUGAAAAACCAGGUGGAGACACUGCACGGAAUAGUGAAGGACAUGGGGAACCUGCUGUCUAAGAGUGAAAAGGAGUGUGAUGAGCUAACAACAGCGCGUGCGGAAGAGCGGGAGGCUCACAGCUUCCUCCAGUCUGAGUACGAUAAGAUGAAGAAGACUCUGAUGCACAUGGAGGAAUUACCAAAGAAACAUUGCAUACCUCUUGGAUCCAAGGAGACAACAAGUAUUGAGACAGAAGUCUGUGAGAACAGAAAUGGAUCCCCAGCAGAAACAACAUGAUGGGGAGGCCUGCACUGUUUCGCAGUUUUACAGCUAGGUAUAAAAGAGGACACCGCGCCUGGUGAGAUUUGGAGAAACCGAGCUCCUGUCAUCCACCACCAGGCGCUUCUCCAAAGCUCGUGCGAAACCGACCAAUCAGAAGUUAUGCAGCUGACUAGGCCACGCCCACCCCUGGUUCAGGAACAUACCAUUCUGCCCAGAACAGAGGACUGACUUCUAGCGUGUUCUGGAUCAUUUCUCUCUUCCUCCACUACUUGAUCCGCUGCUCUGAUACCAAAAUAUAAUGUAGCGUAAUUAAGCUUUCUUAAAAUGGGCAACAAAUAAGAAAUAAAAGAGAAAUAGUGUAGAAACAAACUGAUCUGUAGACCUGAGAGUGAAUUAGGGUGUUUUGGUAAAACAAGGCUAUAGUUGUUCCUAUAAAUAUAUUCACUUUUAAUUAAAUAACAGUGUCUGUAUUCAAUGCCUACAAUAUCACGAUGGUGAUGAAAUUCACAUUUAUGAGGAACGGUCUGCAUCUUAUCCACCUUUCUGUACAAUAUGAAGAGAUGAUCUGAAAGUAGAUAUCACUAAUAAUCUGCCCUCAACACAUGUACAUGAGUAACUGUGUAAAAUAACUGCAUUUGGUGAUAAAAGAAUCUGAGUAGAUUAAUCAUUACUGUGAUAAAGUCAUCCUGAGAGUUUGACAAUAAAUGGUAUUAGCUGUUAUCUCACACAGUUGAAUUUAUUUAUUUGUUUGUUUGUUUCUCGGUUAUGACCUUCCUCCAAGUUAAGAUCACAGCCACUGAUCUUAAUAAUCAUUCAAGCCAUCAAUUCCUUCAUAUCAUAUCAAUUAACUGACAACUGUAGACUAACACUUUAUACAUUAUUUAAAAUAUAUAUAUAAUUGGAUUUCAACAAAAAGAAGCAUUUUUGAAAGUGGCAAUCUGGCAAUAAUGAAUAAAACCCUGAAGGAAUCCCUUCCAUUAUGACGUCUCUAUAAAGUAUGUUAAAAACUGAACUCCUUUUAACCCAAAACAAACGAAAUAACAAACUAACAAACAAAGAAACAAGCAAAAAGAUAAAGACUGGAUUAUACAGUGAAAAAGUGACGAUUCUUUUCUUUUUCUCCCACAGCACUACACAGCCUUAUGUUUAGUUUUCCCUAAUCUAACAAGCCUGAUUUAAAACCUCAACACAUGUACAAUACUUGAUGUGGGAAUAAGAGAAGACACUAAAGUGUGCUAGAAACUGUAGGCAAGCACUGACCUCUGCUGUCCAAAUCAACCAACAUACUGUCAUUGCUACAUGUAUGUGUUCAUCACUGAGCAUCACAUAAACAUAUAGUGACUUGAGCGGAAACAUCGGUUUCUCUUCUGUUAUUUUAAUAAACACAAUCUACUUUAAAAAAUGCUCAGUCUAGCUUAUGUGUUUGUCUCGUUUUUAUUACACUGUAACAAUUACAUCAUGGAAAU